AUGCAUUAACAUAUCACAGCAUAAUCACUAAGGAAACAACUCGAAAAUAAAGAGUAAUUGAUGCAUACUCUCAAACAUCUGGAGAAUAGAGUGACCCACGAUAUGGUACCCGUCUUGAUUGAGAUUCUCAAAACUGUUGACUAAGCCAUCAGAUUGGUGGCUAAACUCAUUCAGCUCCAACCCAAGGAAUUCAAUUCGUAAACCUUACAAGUGGCAAUCCAAAGGUGUCUAACCUAACCAAUCAAUAUUACUUUGUUAAAAGCCAUCGGAGCAUUGCUUUAAGAAUUCAAAAUCGAUACACCAGAUCAAUUCAUCAGAUUAGUCUUCCGAUGUUGCUUUACAGGCAUUCCUCAGUUUGGCAAUCUUCAACCCGAACAUGUCGUAACUGACCUCUCUAGUGAUUCGGAAGGGUAGAGUGAUGCAGCCCAAAAGGCUAAUUCGAAAAUAAGAUCAACCAGCAUACUUGUGUUAAAGACUCUAAUCAAGGAAUUCCCACUGUAUUUUUAAAGCAAUUGGUAACUAUUCUUGUAGAAAUUGUUACAACUACUGCAACAUGAACCUAGAAAGAAUACAAAGAUUAAUUUGGUUCAUUUAAUAAUAGUACUGUUGGAUACCUUGAAUGUCUCUAAGUGGAUUCAAGGAAUUGAGAUAGUUAAACAUCAACAUGGAUUUUAGCCCAAGGCAUAUGUGUUAUUCUAGGGUGUAAAAUAGAUUCAUGAAACAGCACUUGCUUUACUUUCUGGAUGGAAAUAGAAUGAUAGUCAAUUCAAUAUUCAAUUAUGCAAAUUAGAGGUUUAUCUGAUGCAGGAAUGCAGAAUCCUUACUAAAUUGUAGGAUUAGGAGGGUGGGAUUCCCCUAUAUUAGAUUUCAUUGUAGUUGAUCAAUGACGCAACUGUGAAAACAUCUGCAAUGUAGAUUUUGAAUGUUUUGGUUUAUGAGGGCAUAAAGACAAUAGAUGUAAAGUAUUUGAUUAAGCAAUGUCUGUAAGGAAUUAAGGAGAGGAAUGAAAAUAACAAUAAUAAUAAUGAGUUAUUCAUUUAAGAAUGCUAUUAGUUAUUGCAAAAGUGUUAGUCGCAUUUCCAUAAGGAAUUCUGUGAAUUAGUAAAUUGUUAAGAAUUGCAAAGAAUCAAACAGCCAAACAUUUAGUAUUACAGGAUCUUCGAGGAGAUUAGUUGUGUAGCUGAACAAGGAUAUCAAGAGAUCUUAAUUGAUGUGGCUUUGGAAUGUUUAUAGUCAAAUGCGGUUGAAUUGGUUCCUGCAGGAUUCAACAUCAUAGGUAAUCUUCAGGAUUAGUUUUGGCAGAAGCAGAGUUAAGAAGUGAUUGAGAAGCUGAUCAAACAAAUUAGUUACAUUCAUGGAUAACUGUUCAGUGAUACUCCAUUUAACAUGUCGAGUUUAAAAAUCACAUUUUAUAAGGCAAUAGGGACUUUAUGCAGUUCAAAUAGUGUUUUGCAGAAUCCAAUGGCAGUUCAAGAGUUAUCUUAGAUGUUUAACAAAUUGCAGGGGAAUAAUGUCCAUGUUUUGGAGAAAAGUAGUUGGGCAGCAGCUAAUUUGAGCAGUUUGGUGAAUUUGAAUCAAGAGUUUUAUCAGUUGUUUUUGAAUUUCGCAAUGAAUACUAAGGAGAAGAUUUCAACAAAUGGUUUACGUGGAUUGGGAUAUUAUUUGAUGAAAUGUCAGUAGGCAACAAUAAAUUAAGAUUUGAUAAAUUGUUAUGCAAAUGCUUUGGCAUCUAAGAAUCCUAAGAUUAGUUGGAAUGCUUCUACAAGUUUGCAUAAUGCAGUGUAGGGGAAUUGCUAAGAGUUAUUGGAGAAUGCAAAGAUUAGAUAGAGUAUUUUGGAUGUGUUGACUAAAGGAGAUAAUUUAAAGGCUUAAAUGCAUUGUGUGGAGUUGGUGAGAUAUCUGAAGAAUGAACAUGCAAAGGAUUACUUGAGAUCCUUAAUUUGGAUACUGGUGAAAUUCAAGAAUCACGACAAUUUCAUAGAGAAGAAGUAUUAGACAAGGAUGAGAGAGAGUGUUCUAUUUGUUUUGGAGGGGUUUUUCAAGAGAUUGAGUUUGGAGGAAUUGAUACAUGCAUUGGAUGACACUUUGCAUGAGGAGAAUGUGUUGGAGAGAGUGGCAACAGAAAUCUAUGCGGCAGUGUUGGAUAGGAAACCCAAGGAUUCCCAAAUAAUAAUAGCGAAUAGUGAUUUGAGUAAGUAGGAAGUGCUGCAAUUAUAAUAAAAUUUUAAAGAUGAUGAAAAGACGUUCAAGUAGUAAUUGGAACAUUCAUAUAUCAUUAAUCAAUAUUUGAGUGUUCCAAAGGAUGAGGAAUUCUAGGGAUUCUUUUAGCAAAUGUCAUUUAUUGCAACUACUUUGUAUAAUGUGAUAGAUGAAUCUCCUUCUGACAAAUUAAUCAGUUUUUCUGCAUUAGAAGCCUUGCAAGAAUUGAGUACAGACUCCAGUUUAAUUAAAAUAUAUUCAAUCGAUUGA